GAAAUCCCUUCUUCUUCUUCUUCUUUUUCCUUCUUUGCUCUCCAAAUCUCACCCUUCAAAAAGGAGGGGGCAAUUGAGUAAUUAAACCCUGGACUAAACCCUUCCCGAGUAGAACAACGGCGGCAAAAUUUUCGUGGAACUGUUCUUACAUUCGAGCUUCCUUCAAAAAUCUCUUCUUCCCCAGCUUUGCUCCGCAUGCAUUUUUCUUCACAGCUUUAGGCCAAUACCAUCAGUAGCGGCGGACAUGGACUUUGACGACCUGGACGAGCCGAGCCAGGCUCCAACCCGGCCCUCUCGUUUCGCACCCAAGGGCUCCAAAUUCAAACCUAGAACAGAGCCAGUUGCAGCAACCUCGAACUCCAUUGCUAAAAAGGAGGAAUUAGAUUCCAAACCAGUAUCACCGAUUAAUUCCUCCACCACCGCUGCCGCUGGAAAAGCUGAAGAUGCAGCAUCCGCUUCCGUUUCCCAAUCCGUGGCAAUGGAUGUCGAUGCGAAGGUGGAAGAAGAAGCAGAGCAACCGAAAGAUGAACCGAUGGAGUCGAGAGAAGAAGGAGAAGAUGAAAUUGUGAGAGAAAUUGAUGUUUAUCUGACACCUUCUAUUGAUCCUAAUACCAAGCUAUACGUGUUGCAAUAUCCUCUGAGGCCAUUGUGGCGGCCAUAUGAAUUAGAUGAUAGAUGCGAAGAGGUGCGAGUGAAGUCUAAAAGUGCUGAAGUAGAAGUUGAUUUGGCAGUUGAUGUUGAUUCCAAGAAUUAUGACUCUGAUGCUGAUCCUAGAGUUUCAAUGACUAAGCAGACUCUUACCUCAUCAUGGAAGCCACCUGUCACAGCUGGAUAUGCUGUUGGAGUUCUUGUUGGAAACAAGUUACACCUGAAUCCUAUUCAUGCAGUUGUACAGCUCCGACCUUCAAUGCAGCAUUAUAAGCCUGAGAGUUCUAAACGGCGAACUACUGCAAGCAGUAACCUUGAAGAUAACACAAAGGGGGAAGAAGUAACUACUGGGUCAUUGAAGAAGCAGGGUAAGUCAUCUGGGCCUGUGAUUGAGCAGAACAAAGAUACUAGAGAGGAUUGGAUACCUCUCAACUACCAUGGAGCAAGGAGUGAUAUUUCGAUGAGUUAUGUGAGAAAAAUGGUUGAACAUGAUUCUUCUCAUAUACAAUUUUCAAUGAACAGGCAUGACUAUGUGAACACCUUGUGUCCUGGCACAUCAAAUGAGAAUAAUGGAUCCAAUGGGCCUUCGAGAAGGGUUUUGCUCUCAUUGCCACUUGAAGAACGAUUUAGAACUUGGCUUCUUCAGCAGAAACACUACCUGGAGUAUGCAUGGCAGACCCAAAAAAUUGGUGAUACCAAAGAAUUUCAUCCGUUGGCAAAUGGGCCUCCAAUCCAUCGUUUUGAUGCUUUAAAGCAUUUGGCACCUGAUGCAUCUGUCGAGGAUAUCUUGGCAGUCCUCAGCCAACACGCUCAAUUAGUUCAAGGCUUGUGGAUUCCCAAAAGUUCACUGCUGUAUGGAAAAGAUCAAGGAAUUGAUGCUUUAGCGAGGGAUUAUGUUCUUCUUCUGUUUAGCAGGACUCCUAUUAUUAACAAUUCACAACUACCACAACAACAGAAACUCAAUAGAGCUAUGAGAGAUGUACUUAACACAGUAGCUUUUGAGAGAGCUUCUCUUAAUGAUUGGAAGUUCAAAGAGCCUCCUGACAUGACAUUCAUAAAACUUAACCCUAAGAUUGUCAGAGAACAGGAACAAACUUGGGAACGCUUGGAGAAACUGAUAACUGAAAAGAUCUUUGUAGAUAAAAACAGGCCUGCUACUAAAAACUCUUCAAGGCCUCUCACCACAAAUAACCCUGCAACAUCAAAGAGUUUAAGUAAGCAUGCAUCAAAUUCUUUAAAUGCAGGAGUGCCAAGGAGACCAAUGUCAGAAGAAACUCGCGAGGCUUUACCAAAGGCCCUUCAGAAACUUUUUCAAAGUCACAAGGUUUGCAGCUUCCAACAAAUUUGCCAGCGUCUAAGGGAAAUGGCAGUUUCUGAGUCUUCCCGUCCAAAGGGAUUUGCUAGAGAAGCAAUAGCUGCAGCACAUGGUGUUGAAGCUCCUCCAGAGGAGCUUCAGGCAAUCAUUAGUCAAGUCGCAAUUAACAUUCAUGGUGUUUAUGUUUUGAAAUCAUCCCCAGUUCACCCCGAACAUGAUGAAUUCAGGAAAGUUGUCAUUGAUCUUUUCAUUGCUGAAGGACCAAACGCAAAGCUUAAGAAGGCCUCAAUGAUAGAAGCUGCUAAAUUGCAGCUUAAAAGGGAUAUUAACAGCCUGGAAUAUCAAAAGGUUGUACAGGAACUAUGUGUAUCUCAAGGUUCGGCUUGGGUCUUGAAAAGUGGUGAUGGAAACCCGAAAUGAUGCUUCCCCCAUUCAGAAUGUUUAAGGUACUCGAGGUUGAUUCAGUGUGAUAGAUUGCUCAAAAAUGUCAUCUGAGGGUGAUUCUGUUUGAUAGGUUGCUCAGAAAGGGUAUCUGCUUAGGUCAACGGAUGAGGAACACUAUCCCUGGUAAUUGGUUCGUUUUCUGGAAACUUAUAAGCUGACUCAGGUGGGUUAAUGGGGACAUUGUGGUCAGUCCACUGUAGAUACUUGAUUCCCACCAGAAUUUAGAUUUAGUAGAUUUUUCAAAUGAAACAUACAUUAUGCAACAAAUGAUUACAGAAGUAGUUAAGUGUAUCCUAUAGAAAAGAGGUAUAAUGUUCCACAGAGAGCAAACAAAGACCGGGAACCGAUUGCGUUGCCUGUGAGGUUGCAUUACUUCGUUGUGGAACACAUUUGUCUGUACCAUGUACAUCGAGGAUCAAUUUUUUUUUUUUUCUGUAAAAACAUAUUUUUAACUUCUUCGAAAGCCUUUGUGGCGUUACUGGCAUGAACUCCUCUUUGUUGUGCCA